GAAGAAGUGAGAUGCACGGAGCUGAACUGCUCUGCUGUGUGGACUCGGUGCCCCGGCAGUACAGUGUCCAUGUUGGUGUGGGAGCCUGAGGCCUGCUCCCAUACAUCCCCGCUCUGGCCCUGUUGAUCCUAUUGUCUCCUGCGUCACUACACGUCGCCCGGCAAAUAAAGGCCGUCUGGCUCCAAGCUUAAAUAUUGCAGCAAACUAAAAACCAACCAUCAGAGCCGAUUCAUUCACAUCUGCUCAGUGGGGCGACAAGGACGGGGCUUUAGGUGGGAAAGAGGGCAGAAAAAAGUUCACUUUUCCCCGCCGGGUGCCAAGAGAACGGGACAGGACUCAACUUCGCCGGAGCCGCGGCUGUGAGCUACGGACCGAUCAUGGGUGACUGGAGCUUUCUGGGUAAUAUUUUAGAGGAAGUUAACGAGCACUCUACGGUGAUCGGCCGGGUGUGGCUCACGGUGCUCUUCAUCUUCCGAAUCCUCAUCCUGGGCACGGCAGCGGAGUUCGUUUGGGGCGACGAGCAGUCCGACUAUGUCUGUAACACUCAACAGCCUGGUUGUGAGAACGUGUGCUAUGACGAAGCCUUCCCCAUCUCUCACAUUCGCCUAUGGGUGCUCCAGAUCAUAUUUGUGUCCACGCCAUCUCUGGUGUACGUGGGCCACGCUGUGCACCAUGUCCACAUGGAGGAAAAACGCAAGGAGCGCGAGGAGGCAGAGCUAAGCCGGCAGCAGGAGCUGAGCGAGGAGCGUCUCCCUUUGGCACCAGACCAGGGAAGUGUCCGCACCACAAAGGAGACCAGCACAAAGGGCAGCAAGAAGUUCAGGUUAGAGGGCACCCUGCUGAGGACCUACAUCUGCCACAUCAUCUUCAAGACACUGUUUGAGGUGGGCUUCGUGGUGGGCCAGUACUUCCUCUAUGGCUUCCGCAUUCUCCCUCUGUACAAAUGCAGCCGCUGGCCCUGCCCCAACACAGUGGACUGUUUUGUGUCUCGCCCCACGGAAAAGACUGUCUUCAUCAUCUUCAUGUUGGCUGUGGCCUGUGUCUCGCUCUUCCUCAACUUUGUGGAGAUCAGUCACCUAGGCCUGAAGAAGAUUCGAUUUGUCUUUCGUAAGCCGGCCCCAGCCCCAGCCCAAGGCGAGGGUUCAGCUCCUCUGCCGCUAACAGGAAAGAUCCUGCCCCCUCUGGCUGUGUCCUCCCUGCAGAGAGCGAAAGGUUACAGGCUGCUGGAGGAGGAGAAAGCUCCCCCCAUGGCUCACCUCUACCCACUGACUGAGGUAGGCAUGGAGGCCGGUAGAGGGACCCCACCUUACCAGGGGCUGGAGGAGAAGGCAGAAGAGUUGCUUCCCAUGGAGGGCAUUUCUAAGGUGUACGACGAGGCUCUGCCCUCCUAUGCCCAGACCACUGAGACAGGCGGGGUGACAUUACACGAGGAAGAGGCCAAGCCGGUGGAGCAGCCAGCUGAGGUGGAAGCAGAGAGGGUGGAAGAGGUUGUGGAUGAGGAUGUGGAGGUAGAGGAGGCGACGAUCGGGGAGGGCAUAACUGCAGGGGACGCAGGGAUGGAGGCCACGGAUACGAUAGAAGACACCAGACCGCUGAGCCGACUGAGCAAAGCCAGUAGCAGGGCCAGAUUUCCUUACGUUUCGUGGCCUCUAAGUGAAAAUGUGUAGUGUGAACUAUAAGUUGUCCAUGGAGGAAAAGCAGGGCUUAUUCGGCCCUACUGGAGAAUGAGCUAUAGUGGCGACCUCAGGCCAAAUCCUCUCUUUUCGUGCUGUACAAACAUGCGUCCGGGCGAUAAAGAUCGUGCACCAUCAGCACAAGUAUUGUUGGAGGCGAGACAAUAAAAGAAACCACACUCAUCAAUGAAAACAAGCAUCCUUGACCUGGCUGCGAAAAAAUCUUUCAACUUGAUUUUGUAAGACCAGAGUGUUUCCUCAACUGGCAACAUAACACAAUGCUCAUGAGAGCCUUUUGAAUUCAGAGUGAAACAAACAAACAGGGGCAAACCCCCGCUGUACAGAAUGCCCUGCAUCAUGUCUGAUAAUGUACAUAAUGUGCAGUUUUUAGUUAUUUCAUUGUAUGUAGGAAUCACUCACGUUAUCUUUGUGAUUAAACAUCGGUUUAACACACAAACCCAAUAGAAAAAAAAAGAAAAUGAAGAAGCUAUCGGAGAAUAAAUAAAUUCCCCUGCAAAACUUUUGCAGCUAGUAUGCCUUGGAUUUAUCCAGAAUUCUUCUUCUCACAUUCUCCAGCUUUGUUAAUUCAAAUCAAUGUAUGAUUUUUUGUGCCUUAUCUGUAAAUGUAAACUCUCAGAUGUUUUAAGAUUGUAGCAAGUGCUUAUAUUUCUCUGGGACCUGCAUGAACUUGAUGUUUCAGUAGCUUAAAAAAACAAAACAAAAAAACAGAGUUUAUUAUGUUCGCACCCAUCAGCAAACACAUUCAACUUGUCUUAGUCAAAAGGUUAAAUAUGUUUUUUUUUCUUUUAGUAUAAUAAUAUUUGAAUACUGAAGAGACUAAGUUGCAUGUUUGCCAGCAUGAACAAGGUUACAUGGUGCAGGCUAAUGCUAAUAUAUGUGCCUUUGUGUGCGCAGACGAAUGCACACACACCUCGCAGUGUUGGUUUUGGGGGUAUGAUCAAACGGUUCUAGAGAAACUCUGCAAGAGAAGGCAGCUUUGACCCCUUUGUGACCCCCGGCCAUCCCUCAUCCCGCCACCCCCAUAAUCAAAUGCUGAAAAUCUGAAUUUAAGAGAGCCUUCAACAAAAAUCCAAACUGUGGAACACAUUUUAGCGUAUAACCGUGUCACAAUCAGAACUUAAAGCUGGUCCUCGUGUAAAUGGAAAAUGUAUGAUUUUUUUUUUGUAUUUUUAGACUGUUGCAUUCCCUCUAUGUUUGUAAGAAGACUUGAUUAAUUUUUGGGAAGAAAUAAUUCUUUUUACUAACUUGUAGUCUUCUUUGAUGAUAGAUGUGUGGCAGUAUCUUCUUUUGAAAUGUGAACCAACGCAAUAAAA